AUGAUCCUGGACAAAGUCGACUUUUCGCACAUCGCAAGUGCUUUCAAAUUGCGUGGCUACACAUACACCGGAUGUGGUCCCGUUAGCUUGUCAAUGCCCACUGGUCAAGGACCUGAUGCAGCAUCCCGAGAAAGAGAUAUGUUCGAGCUCGCGAAACAACGACGUCGCGCGGACGCAGAACAAGCAAGACUGAAGUUGGCCAAGAAGGAAGCAAGAUCGCGCAUUCGACAGUUCGAAGACCAACGACAGAAUCGAGACAUCGACAUUCGCACUCCACAGAGAUCAACAGAGAUUGCCGAGAGAGAUUCAGGCGUAUUCGUUCUCGAGGACUUGAAGACCGUUGCCAGCAACGCAGAAACAGUCGCCAAAAUCGUGUCCAAGUGGAGGGCAAGAGCUCGCUGGCACUCCAACGAGGACUCGCGCAUCCUCCACAAGCUCGUUGAUGAGCCCGCGGAACUCGGACACCUCUCUCUUGAAGCACCACUCGAAUGA